AUGGUGAAGAAGCACGAGCUGCCUUUGCCGAGCGAGGAAGAUAUCGCGCUGCUACACAAAUCACCAACGACGUUCGAGGACGAUAACGUACACAAAAUAUAUGACGAGAUAGCGAAUCACUUCUCGUCUACAAGGUAUAAACCGUGGCCUAUCAUCAGCCGAUUCCUGCAGUCGAUAGAGAAGCACGCGAUGGGAUUGGAUGCUGGGUGCGGCAAUGGCAAGUACCUCCCACUGGCUGAGCACCUCUUUGGGUUGGAUAGAAGCGUGAAUCUCCUCAAACAUGCUCAAAGAGCUGGUGACGCUGAUAAACAAGUCGUUUUGGCUGAUACUCUACAUUCUGUCACUCGCAGACAUAUCUUUGUCGGUAUUUUACAGCUUCAACAUUCCCACCUAACUUAUCGCCAGGACUACGCCAUUAGUAUUGCGACAAUUCAUCAUUUAGCCACUGAAAAACGUCGGGUGGAGUCAGUACAGUCUUUAUUAAACUCGGUAUGCCUCAAUGGAGGCAGAAUUCUCGUAUACGUCUGGGCCUUAGAGCAAGGCGAAGAUAGCAGGCGAGCUGUUCCUGAAAAUUCGACGACAUCGUCAAAUUCCAAAGGGCUGGAUGUUUGGGUACCUUGGGUGAACAAGGCUGAUGGAAGAGUGUACAACCGCUACUACCAUUUGUUUGAAAGGGGCGAGCUCAGAUGCAUCACAGAGGAGGCUAGUGUACAAUCCAAGGUGAAGAUACAGGUGGUACAAGAAGGAUACGAAAAAGAUAAUUGGUAUAUAGAGUUACGCACGCAUGGAAGCAUAUAA